AUGCACCCCCGUACCGCGGAAUCACUCCGCCUCCCACUCAUAGAUCUCCCUUCACCCCGUACCGUCACUAUGCUUGAUGGGUCAAGCCCCCAGGCUGGCAAGAUCUGGAAGAAGGCUAAACUCACCUUCUCCUUUGAUGGCAAACAAAUGACCAAGACCUUCCUAAUUUGUAGCACAGGGUCUCAUGCCGCCAUCUUAGGAUUAAAGUGGUUAGACGCCCACAACCCAGAGAUUGAUUGGAAUUUGCGCACCCUGUCCUUUCCCCAUGCACCACCAGAACAUGUGGCCAUCGCUGAAGAAGAGGAAGCUGAUCGAAACCCCCUUGAAGGAGUCCCUCCCAAAUACCAUCAAUACGCAAAGGUGUUUGGGGAGGAAGAAUUCAAUAAGCUCCCACCUCACAGGCACUAUGACAUUGGGAUAGAACUUACCAAAGAAGGCCCAUUGAACUCUCCCUUGUAUAGCAUGACUGACGCCGAGUCCGCCACACUCAAGGACUGGCUCAGGGACGAACUCAAAGCUGGAAAAGUCCGCCCCAGCAAGUCAUCCAUUAGCUCCCCCGUCAUGUUUGUACCCAAAAAGGAUGGUUCCCGUUGUUUGGUUGUAGACUACUGCCGCCUCAAUAACCGGACCAAGAAGAACGUAUACCCAUUACCCCGUCCUGAUGACCUCAUGGCCCAGCUCCGUGGUGCCAAGGUCUUCACCAAGUUAGAUCUAAGAUGGGGUUACAACAAUGUCCAUGUUAAAGAAGGUGACAAAUGGAAAACCGCGUUCCGAACCAAGUAUGGCCUCUAUGAGUCCCUGGUCAUGACCUUUGGCCUGACAAAUGCCCCUGCCGCUUUCCAGCACUUCAUGAAUGAACUAUUCAAAGACUUACUGGAUGUAUGCGUCAUCAUCUACCUCGAUGACAUCCUAAUUUACUCUAAGGAUGACGCAUCCCAUACAAAGCAUGUUCAUGAAGUCCUAAAGCGGUUAAUGGAUAACCAGUUAUUCUGCAAGGCAUCAAAAUGCACCUUUCACGUCACCUCUGUUGAGUACCUAGGGAUUAUUGUCUCCAAUAAGGGUUUUAGUCUGGAUAAGCUCAAAAUCCAGGCGGUACAAGAAUGGCCGGUACCCACUAAGGUCAAAGAAGUCCAAUCAUUUCUGGGAUUUGCCAAUUUCCUCCGUCGCUUCGUCGCCAACUUUAGUCACAUGGCUAGGCCGCUACACAACCUAGUCAAAAAGGACACUCCUUGGAAAUGGGACAUCAAGGAACAAGAGGCCUUCCAGGGGUUAAAGGACGCUAUUACCAACGCACCCGUACUAUGUCAUGCAGAUCCGUCCAAGCCCUACUUCCUAGAAACAGACACCUCAGGGGCAGCACUAGGCUCCAUACUCAGCCAACGCCAGGAAGACGGCCGCCUUCACCCACUAGGUUUUCUAUCUGAGUCAUUCAAGGGUGCCAAACAGAACUAUGACACCCAUGACAAGGAGCUGUUAGCUAUCAUCCGCUCCUUUGAGUAUUGGCGUAUCUUCUUGGAAGGAACCGUUCAUCCGGUCACUGUGUUCACUGAUCACCGCAACUUGGAGUAUUGGAAGGAGUCCCGGACGUUUAACCGUCAACACGCUAGAUGGCACCUACUGUUAGCAGGCUACAACUUCCAAAUUGUUUACCGCCCUGGAAAGCAGUCAGGGAAACCCGAUGCCCUUUCACGCCGUUCUGAUCACGCCGAUAUCCCACCCGCUGACCAAACCAUGCUCCCGGAACCCAUAUUUGCCAACGUAGCCUUAGUCACGCCAGAGAAGGAAUUACAACGCCAGAUUGAAUUGUCACUUGAUCAGGACGAGUCUUUGGAAGAAAUCCUACAGUUCCUACAAAACAAAUCCAAAGCCCCACCUUCUAUCAAACGCGCAUUUAAGGAUUACGAAAUGGAGGCAGGUCUAUUGUUCUAUCAAGGACGUAUUGUGGUCCCUGAUGUGGGCUUUCUAAGGACAAAUCUACUACGGAUAUUCCACAAUAGUCCCCUGGCAGGACACCCUGGCAGGCAGCGUACUCUAGAAUUAGUUUCACGCAACUACUAUUGGCCAGGCAUCCGGGCAGAUACAUACUGGCACGUGGAUUCCUGUGAGACUUGCCAACAAAUCCAAAAACCAAAGUACGCCUCCAUCCCCCCACAGCCACUUGAACUCCCAUCCAGGCCAUGGCAACACGUUUCCUAUGACAUGAUUGUAGAUUUACCAAAGGACGGAAGCAAUGACUCCAUCCUAGUCAUAGUGGACAGCUUCACCAAGUACGGCAUCUUUGUUAAAUGCUCCAAAAAGCUCAAGGCACCCGAACUUGCGGAAUUGUUCUUGGAACAUGUAUGGAAACGCCAUGGGAUGCCGGAAAAGACUAUAUCGGACAGAGGCAGGGUUAUCAAUAACAAGUUCUUGCGGGCCCUGUACAAACGAUUAGGCAUUGAUCCUCAUUUUUCCUCCGCCUAUCACCCCCAGAGCAAUGGUCAGACGGAACGAGUAAACCCAUCCAUUGAGCAUUUCCUCAGGGCUUACUCAGGGGUUAACCAACGGGACUGGACUAAAUGGUUACCUAUGGCCGAAUUUGCCUACAACAAUGCAGUCCACAGCAGCACGGGAAAAACGCCGUUCAAAGCCCUAUAUGGGUGGGAACCUAAUUUGACACCAUCCAACGUCCCUACCAACGUACCAGAAGCAGAUGACCUAGCUGAAACAAUGGAGGCACAAUGGAAGGAAGUGGAAUCUGCUUUACAACAAUCCAAGCAGCGAAUGGUAGACGGAGAAUACGGAGCCCCAGUAGAAUUCAAAGUUGGAGAAGAAACGUGGCUUGAUGCCAAAAAUAUAAACCUGAAGACCUUGAGCCCGAAGCUAACGGAACAACGCUUAGGGCCAUUCAAGGUUACCGAAAAAAUCUCCGACCGCGCUUACCAACUCAAACUACCUCCAACCAUGCGCAUCCACAAUGUAUUCUACGUAGGACUCCUGUCCAAAGUCAAGAGAGAUGACAAACGCGCCUUUGAAAAUCGCCCUCCACCGGUCACCGUGGAUGGAGAGGAAGAAUACAAGGUCAAAGGGAUCACGGACAUGGAAGAAAGGGACGGAAAAUGGUUCUUUAGGGUAAAAUGGAAGGGCUAUGGAUCAGAGGAGAACACUUGGGAACCAAGGGAAAACCUCAAGAACGCCGAAAAAAUCCUAAAAAAUUUCGAGAAGGAAAUGAAAAAGAAGGCCCUCGGCGCUGCCAAGGCCCUUAGAGGGGGGCAGUGUCGCAAACGGACAACAUUUUCGAUCACGUGA